GAAAUUUCCAUCACCCCCACAUCUCACCCACUCGACUCACUCAUCAUCUAGAGAGUAAGAAGCUCUGAAACUACUCCAUUCCUUCAGCCAUUUUCGUACAAAAACAAGGGAGGAAGAAGAAAGCAAAGUGGUGGAGAAAAGAGAGGGGUUAAGAAGGGGAAAACUUGUGAUUAGCAAGGUAUUUCAAGAACUGUCACGGAGUUGAAAGGGUCGCCGGAGUUGUCGCCGGAGUUUGUUGAAGUUCGCCGGAGUUUCGCCGAAGCUCAAUAAGAAAGGCUAGAACUCCAAAAGCUUCAUUAAGGUGAGAAGACGGCUAUAUGCUUUAUAACUUUUGCGUGAGGCAUGUGAUUACCUCAAUUAAUCAAGAAUAUGUUUUAUGAAUUGAUUAAUGGUAUUAAAGCAUGUGUUAUGUCAUAUUAAGGAAUAUAACAUACUUGAAAAGCAUGAUAUGUAAGUUUGAUUAGUGAAAAUAUUAUAAAUUGACUUGUAUGAUGUUCCAAGAACCCAAAAAGGUAUUUUUGAAUUAAGGACAUGAAGAAGUACAUGCAUGUAAAAUUUCACGGUAAUCGGGCUUCGUUUGGGCGGUCAAACGGGAGUUGACCGCCAAGUCAACUAUUAUACCCGACCGGGUAUUGGCAAAUACCCGACCGGGUAUUAACUGGAAAUAGCCCCAGGGCUACUGCCUUCUAUACCCGACCAGGUAUAGGUGGGUACCCGACCGUGUAUAGGUGGGUACCCGACCGGGUAUUGGGUGUUACACCCAAACGGUCAGUUUUGAAUGAGUAUAACUGAUAAGUCCAUUUUUGUACUUAUUUUUCUUAUCAAAUUUAAGCGAUUUUUGAAUGAAAAUAGAAAGAAAAGACACAUUUUAUAUAUUUUGGUUCAAGUUUCAUGACAUUAGGUAAAAAUCACAUCCAUAAUAUGUUUAGCGGGAUUUCGGGUCAAUUGAGCACAAAAUGAGUCAAUUUGAGUGACAAAUACAUUUAUACCGGAAGAAGCAAGCAUUUUAUCAAGGUGAUUCAGAAGACAAAAAUGAAGAGCAGGAAAAGCCGCAUCUGCCAGACAAAAGUGGCAGCAGGCGCCCAAAUAGGCGCCCAAAAUGGAGGCCUUCGCGGCCGCCUACGGGAAAAAUCAGAAGUCAAUCUCGCUUUGACUCGGGACCAGGAAAAGACCGAAGGCUGCCGACACUGGGCAGAAGGCGGCCGCCUACGGUGGCCGCCUGCGGCACAAGGGGACAAAACCAACCACCGGUCGGCCAGACAGGACGGCAGGCGGCCAGACAGGACGGCAGGCGGCCGCCUGUUGGACCGCCUGCGGCGGCCGGGAUCCGCCGGGAUCCGCCGGGAUCCGAUCUGCCAACGAAAAGACGGCAGGCGGCCAUUUGUGACGGAAGGCGGCCGCCCUCUGUGGCCGCCUACGGUUGACGGGACCGGCCACGAUCCGCUGUCGGCGACGGGACGGAAGGCGGCCAAAAUGAGACCAAAGGCGGCCGCCUGGUUGGCCGCCUAUGGAAGGCGGCCAGAUUCCGACGGAAGGCGGCCGCCUCCUUGGGCGCCUUCGGUGAAAUUUCUGCUAUAAAUAGCAGGCUUUUUCCCCAUCUCAAACACACCAAUUUCAAGCCCAAAUCAGAUCAAAAAGGGCGUCUUCUUCCUCCUCAAAGCUCGGAUUUCCACCAUUGUUGCACCUUCAACUUCAAUCUUUCAUAUCUUUCUCAUUUUAGCUCCAAAUUGUGAGUUCUUUAUAUGUAUUUUCAUCCUUUCAAUGAGUAGAUUCUGAAUCUGUACUUAGUUUUUUUAUCUGUGCUUCUAAAAUUUCCAGAAAAUUAUUCAACUAUUUCGCAUUUUCGUCUUAAAUUUGAAUAAAAUAGUUGUUGACAUUAAAUCCAUUCCAAUUAAUUAUAUAGUUGUUUACUAGCCUCAAGGUAGUUAUUUAUCAAAACAAAGUUAAUUUUUAUGAAGUAGAAGUAAAUUUUAAUUAAUUCCGGCAUUUAGUGGUUAUUAUUGCAUAAAUUAAAUUAAAUACUCAAAAAAGAAAAAAAAUUAGUUUCUGUCCUAAUUCCAGUUAAAUUCACAGUAAUAUCACUCCUAGUAUUCAAUAUAAAAUUUAGAACGAAUUUAGAAUAUUUGUAGUUGCUUUUUUUGUAUUUUCUAGUUAAUAUUGGGAAAAUUAUCAAUUAGUUGUUAAAAUUGGAUUUUAGGUUAUAAAAUUCGGGAAAAAUUCCAGAAGGUGAUAUUUUAGUUCCACAAGUUUAUUUUGGAAGAAUAUUAUUUUUGUUUAAUUUUUGCUAUUAUACAUGCUUAAUUCCUUGUUAAUGUUGAAUUUAUUCAUUGUAUUGUUAAAUGAAAAAAUGAUGUUUAUUAGCUAAAUUUGUUUUGGGCAUGAAUUGACUAAAGGAAUAUGGAUUGACUUGUUGACCGAAAAUUAGGGAUUAAAAUUAAUAAUUUGGACUAGUUGUUUGAAAUGAUGAAAUAGUAAUUAAUAAUUGUUAGCCAUAUUCAUUAAUUAAAUUCUUGGAAAAUUAUUUCUAACUUGUCUAUGAGAUUAGAAAAUAAUUUAAGCCAACCAUAUUCAAGAACAUUAAUAAGGCCUAGAAAUAGGAUAAUUUAAUGAAAGGGAUUUACAUCUUGUCUAUGAGAGAUAAAUUCAAUUGCUUAAAUAAUGAGUUUAACUAGUUAAUGAAUUCGGCUAUUUUUAUUAAUUAAAAUAUUGGAGAAUUAUUUCUACCUUGUCUAUGAGGUUAGAAUUUAAUUCAAGCCAACCAUUUUUGAACACAUUAAUGACACCUAGAAAUAGGAUAAAUUAAUGAAAAUAGUUUCUAUUCUUGUCUAUGAGGAAAGAAAUUAUUAGUCCAAUUUUAGUUUUAAUUUUCCUAAUUACUAGGUCCAAGAAUAUAUCCAUUUCUAAUUACUCAAUUCAUUGCCCUUAUUUGCACCAAUCCAUUUAAGUUUAAUAUUAUAUUUUUUUCCUUUAGUCUAUUUUUGAGCCAUCAUUAGUAUUUGCACAAUUUAAUUUACUUUCUUUUCCAAAAAGUAGUUUAGAAAAUCAAUCAAAAGUUUUAAUUUGGAAAGCUUCCAAUAAUUUGCGAUAACCUGUGACUGGACUUGAAAUCAAGAAGCUCCUCCGCCAUUCCUCGAGAGACACGAUACUCGGGGAAAAACCGAAAGGUUAGACUCCGUUUUACUACAACGCCGCGAAAGCGGUUAUCAAAUGGCGCCGUUGCCGGGGAAUGGCACGGUGAUUUCUUGAUUUUGAUUUUAGCAUGGGCAAAUUCAAGUUAGGGAGACUUUCUUUUUCUCGUUUGUUUUGUUCUCACGUGUUUGCUUGAGAUUUCCUCAUGGAUUACUCAAGUGAACACUUUAAUUCUCAACCACCAUAUCACUAUCCAUACUAUGAACAACAAUCUUUUCAAAAUAAUCAAAACGAAGGAUACUAUGGACAAGGUUAUGAGGAUAACAAUCAAUGGUGCGAAAAUCCACCUUUGGGGUAUGGAGAUUACCAAUUUCAAGAUAAUUAUUUCCACCAAGGGCAAGACUUUGAAGGCUGUGAUGAUUUCUUCUAUCAAGGUAAUUAUCAUGAUGAUUUUAAUUAUCAUGAAAAUUACCAAGAAAGGCUAGAAAAUCAUUACACCAGCACAAACGAGUAUUCCUACGAGGGUGACUCUAGAAUUUCACCUUAUCCUCAACACGAGCUCGAAGAGUUAAAAUCGUCCUUACUCGAUUUUGUGGAAGACUUAAGAAAGACAAGGAUUGAACUAGCAUCUCAUGAUGAGAGUAUCAAGGAAUUGUUUGAAAAAAUCAUUUAUGACAAUGACCACAAAGUUCAACAGGAGACAUACGAGGAAGGUGCUAAAUCUGAGGAGGAGGUUGCGGUAACCAUGGGCGAGAUGGUUGAAAAUCUUCUCACCCCAAUUUCUUUUGAGCCUCUCAUUGCUACUGAGAGAGAGCCUAUCCUCGUAGAACUUAAUUCUCAAGAGCCCCAUAUGAAAGUGCCCAAUGAGGUUGAUGAAGAAACCAUAGAUGAUGAGAUACUUUGUGACAAGGAACCUACCCUACCAUUUAUGGUUGACCUCUCAUUUAAGGAGUGCCACAAAGAUAGCCUUGGUGAAGAUUUUGAUCCUACACAAGCUCAAGCACCUGUUGAAAUAGUUGAUGAAACUUGUGAUGUGAAGGAAACAAUGUCCGAUGAUGCCUUCUUUGAUUCUCUACUUGAGCAUGUUGAGCAUAGUUGUGCCAGGCAAGGAUCUGUUUGCCUAGAUGAUAUUUGUGGAGGCAGUGAGUUAGGAAGUUGGGAUGCAUUCUUAGAGAGUGACACAGAGUCUAAACUUUGUGAUUUUCAUGUUGAGGGCAUAGAUGAAGAAGAGAAAACCCAUCAAGAGGAGUAUGCAAUCUCUAUUCAAGCUGCUUCUACCUUGAAGACUCUCUAUGAGCGGUUGGAGACACCAAAGGCACCUGAUCCUGAAAUACUUGUUGAUUAUACUAAUGAGAGUGAUGCAGGAUAUGUGCUAAUUCCUUGUUCGAACGAUGUGUUCUUUGAAGAUUAUAUCACAUUUUGGUGGUCACAAGAGUUCAAGGGUCUACGCCAUCUGACGGCAUACCUGGAGGAUAAGGUGGAAGCACUAAUGAUGAGUGCCCCACAAUUGACAUGCAUAGCUGAGAGUUCUCUCUCAAACGUCAAGCUAGUGACGUUAAAGAAGCGCUUCUUGGGAGGCAACCCAUGUUUUUCAUAACAUUGUUUGUUUGUUUUGUGUGUUUGCAGGGUGUGCUUCAAUGUUGAUGAAAUAAGAGUUUGGCUUAGGCCUUACGGGAGGACACGGAAGCAAGCAUUUUAUCAAGGUGAUUCAGAAGACAAAAAUGAAGAGCAGGAAAAGCCGCAUCUGCCAGACAAAAGUGGCAGCAGGCGCCCAAAUAGGCGCCCAAAAUGGAGGCCUUCGCGGCCGCCUACGGGAAAAAUCAGAAGUCAAUCUCGCUUUGACUCGGGACCAGGAAAAGACCGAAGGCUGCCGACACUGGGCAGAAGGCGGCCGCCUACGGUGGCCGCCUGCGGCACAAGGGGACAAAACCAACCACCGGUCGGCCAGACAGGACGGCAGGCGGCCAGACAGGACGGCAGGCGGCCGCCUGUUGGACCGCCUGCGGCGGCCGGGAUCCGCCGGGAUCCGCCGGGAUCCGAUCUGCCAACGAAAAGACGGCAGGCGGCCAUUUGUGACGGAAGGCGGCCGCCCUCUGUGGCCGCCUACGGUUGACGGGACCGGCCACGAUCCGCUGUCGGCGACGGGACGGAAGGCGGCCAAAAUGAGACCAAAGGCGGCCGCCUGGUUGGCCGCCUAUGGAAGGCGGCCAGAUUCCGACGGAAGGCGGCCGCCUCCUUGGGCGCCUUCGGUGAAAUUUCUGCUAUAAAUAGCAGGCUUUUUCCCCAUCUCAAACACACCAAUUUCAAGCCCAAAUCAGAUCAAAAAGGGCGUCUUCUUCCUCCUCAAAGCUCGGAUUUCCACCAUUGUUGCACCUUCAACUUCAAUCUUUCAUAUCUUUCUCAUUUUAGCUCCAAAUUGUGAGUUCUUUAUAUGUAUUUUCAUCC